CUCUGCUGGCAAGAGGGGGCUUGAUUGAGCCUCACACGAAGUGGACAUUCCAGCCACCUGAAGGCAGAAGAGAAUCGGAAACCCCUCGGCCUCAGAAGGACGACAGUGAAUGAACAAGCCCCCUCAACUGACUCACCAUGUUUACGUCACCCAGGAGAUGGAGUUCCCGAAGGUGCCCCCGAGUCAGCGGACCUGCCUAUCUGCUGUUCUCCACCGGCGGUCACUCAUACUCGCCACAACAUCCCUGUUCAGCAACCAAUGGUUUGUGGACACACAGAAGGUGCCGAAGCCCCUGUGCGGGGGAAAAGGCCUGGCCACCCAGUGCGUUGAUGUGCCGAUGUCCCUGGAUGGGGGCAGCACCCACAUAUCAGCCCAGGAGGUGGUACAAUACAGCUGGGAGACUGGGGAUGGCCGAUUCUCCUUCCGGGCCUUCCACAGUGGCAUGUGGCUGUCCUACGAGGAAACCAUGGAAGAGCCAGGGGAAAGGUGCCGAAGCUUCAGUGAACUCACACCACCAGCCGAGAGAGAGGUCCUCUGGCUAUCACUGGGAGCCCAGGUCACCUACAUUGGACUACAGCUCACCAACUUCCUCCUGCUACUAACGGACGUGCUCCUUACUGGAAACCCUGGCUGCGGGCUCAAGCUGAGCGCCUUCGUGGCCAUUUCCUCUCCGCUCUGCCUUUGUUUCCUCGUAGGCCUUCUAGGGAUGGCGGCCCACAUGCUGUACUCCUGGGUCUUCCAGGCAACUGCUAACUUGGGUCCAGAGGACUGGAGGCCACAUGCUUGGAAUUAUGGUUGGGCCUUCUACACCGCCUGGGUGUCCUUCACCAGCUGCAUGGCCUCUGCGGUCACCGCCUUCAACGUGUACACGAGGAUGGUGCUGAAGUUCAAGUGCAGGCACAGCAAGGGCUUCAAAGAAAACCUGGGCUGCCUCACUCACCACCAGUGCUGUUUCCUUCAGCAGCUGUCACCUGCAGCCCGCCCACAGGGACCUUUGGCCAGCUGCCGCUCCAUCUCAGACGGAGUUGACUUCUCCUCCGAGCUACAGAACAAGGGAUUGCAGCACGAGACCUGCCAGGGGCUGAUGGAAGAGGGCGCUGGGUCCCAGGUGCAGGAGCACGGUCUUAGGGAUAAGCGGGUGUGGAGAGCAGGCUAAGGCCUCCCUGACAUGUUUGUUAUCCACCUGG